ACACAACGUCAAAUUGCCAAUAAUUAUUUGUUAUUUUUCACUUAUUUUGCAAGUAAACUUUUUCGAUGUAAAGAAAAUGUCUGAUUUAGUAUCAAAAUGCGUUCUAAGAGUGGAAGUAAAGGAAUCGCGUCAAAAUCAAGAUUUAAGAGGUGCAGAAGCUGUAGUGAACACUGAGAGUAGACUGAAAAAUCGGGGACAAAGAAGAGCGAGGGAUAUUAGUGUUGAAACAUUUCCCAGUCGCCUCGAAAGUCCCAGAGAUGACUGGGGACUAUUACCAAAAUAUUCUAGAGAAGUUACUCCUGUUAGUGAGUCACCAAAAGAUACUGUAGAAAAGGACAAUGAAAUUGGAUUUUUCAGUGGUAAUCCCUUUGUUGAAAUUACCAAAGGUAUCCUUCAUCUUUAUAAAGAGGAUGUCCUUACAAGCAGAAAAGAUGCCCUUACAUUGUGUAUGUUAGGAGUACCUACUACUAUGGCCUGUCAUGAUCUGCUGUCAUUUACAGCACCAUGCCAUGAUGAUAUUUCUCAUAUAAGGGUUUUAAGAGAUUCUAUGCCCAACCAAUACAUGGCUCUGUUAACAUUUAGAAACCAUGAUGCUGCAGUUGAGUUUUAUUUAACAUUCAAUGGCACUCCGUUUAGUAGUCUUGAACCUGACAGUAUUUGCCGCAUAGUAUGGGUUUCUAAGGUAGAAUGGGCCCAUGAUGGGGUCCCACCACCAGGCCACACCGAACUUCCAAUAUGUCCAGUAUGUCUAGAACGCAUGGAUGAAUCGGUGGAUGGUGUUUUGACGAUUCUUUGUAAUCACGCAUUUCACGCUAGUUGUUUGGAACAGUGGGGCGAUUCCACCUGCCCAGUUUGUAGAUGUGUACAAAGUCCAGAGCAAGCUGAAAGUUCAGAAUGUGAAGAAUGCGGCAGUUCUGUACCUUCCCCUGAUUCUCUCUGGAUAUGUUUGAUCUGUGGUCAUGUAGGAUGUGGGAGGUACCAAGGAGGACACGCAGCUUCACAUUAUAGAGAAACUGGUCAUUGUUAUGCCCUACAACUAGGGUCCCAUCGUGUGUGGGAUUACAAAGGUGAUAAUUUUGUACAUCGACUUCUUCAGAAUAAAGCUGAUGGAAAGCUUGUACCAUCAGAAAGUCCUCCUACAGAAGCUGAAGGAGCUCAAGAAAAAGUUGAUUCCGUACAACUUGAAUUUACCUAUCUUCUUACUUCACAAUUAGAGGAACAACGAAUGUAUUUUGAAGAUAAAAUGUCUUUAUUGGAAAGUCAAUUAUCAGAAGAAACAAAAAUGUUAAGAGAAAAUAUGGCAGCUGUAUCUGAAGAAAAUAAACAGCUGAGAACUAAACUUGCGAAUGUUACAAAAGAAAAACAGGCACUGGAGAAAAAGGUUCAACAACAGCAUUCAAAGUUAACUUCUACCCUAAACGAUCUAAGUGAAGAGCGACAAUUAGGCAAAGCUUUAAGGAAUAAUCAGCAACAAUGGCAGACAAAAAUUAAUAAGCUGGAAGAGAACUUUAACGAGCUGAGAUCGCACAAAGAAACAGAAAUUACUGAUUUAAAAGAACAAGUUCGAGAUCUUAUGUUCUUUAUAGAUGCUCAGAGGGUUAUUGAAAAGUCUGACGAAAAGGAAGAUAUAGCCACAGGCACAGUUACAAUAGGCGAAGCUCCAGAAACGUCGAAACGAAAGAAGGGAAAGAAGAAGCGCUAAAAGUAUUAUUUAUACCAAACCCAAUUUUCUUAUCCAAUAUCUAUUUGGCAGACUUGAUAAAAAUGUUCAACUAGCUACAAUUUUAAAGAUUUAGUUAGUCACAUAAUGAGAUUUAAAAGUAAUAUACCUACUUGUAUUAACUUGU